ACAGCUGGCUGCGUGACGCCGUUCUUUGAUUUGGUUUGGUCAUUGGGCAGAGCGGGGGAGAGUGGGCUGAAACGUGGUUAGGGGAGGGCAGUUUUCAAACAUGCUAGAUUUCUUUGUCAUCUUUACGAAAGGAGGCAUAGUCCUCUGGUGCUUUCAAGGCACCACUGAGCUUUUUGGGCCAUCCGUGAAUGCUCUGGUGAAGAGUGUGCUUUUGCAGGAGAGGACGGGUCUGUCAUCAUUUGUCCACCAGAGCUGGACUCUGAAGCAUAGGUUGGACAAUGAGUUCGACCUAGUGUUUGUUGUUGGCUUUCAGAAGAUAUUACAGCUUUCAUAUGUUGACAAACUACUGGAUGACGUGCAUCGUGAGUUUCGUGACAAGUUUGAGAAUGUUCUCAUGGAAAAGAAAUACUUUCAGAAGUUCCUGUUUGACUCACGCUUCAGCCAGCUUCAGGCAGUGGCUGAGUCCUGGGGCCAGCAGAAGACAGCUGCACCACGUGCUAUGCGCUCCUUUGAGCAGUCGCUCAAGUCACAGAAGACAGUGGGGUCAAUGAUUGAGAAGAAGGGAGGCAACAACAAGGAAAACAAGCAGCCAGGGAAGGAGAGGAAGAAAAAGGGAGGUGCAGGUAAUGCUGGGGGCGCCGGUGACGGGAACGGACGUGAUCAUGAGCCGGAGCAGGAGCCGACGCCCGUGCCGGAGCCGCAGGCCGCGCCUGGCGCGUCGGAGGAGGAUCAAAUCAUGGCCAACCGGCGCAAGAUGAUGAUGAGGAUGUCUAGCGGCAAGAAGAAGGAGGCGAAGACACCCAAGUCGCCGCAGGCUGGCAAGAAAGGUAAGGCCGCGCGCACGUGGGCGCUGUCCGGCGGCAGCAAGGACGCGGCCAGCCUGGACUUCUCAGAGGCGGCCGGCGACGACGUGCCGCGCCGGCCCGAAUUCGUGCCCGACGCCAGCAUGGUGGGCGCCAUGGCCGGAAACAUCCAGGACAUGGAGCCGGACGAGAGCGACGACGACGAGCCGGCUGCGGACGCGCAGUCGCAGCAGAAGAAGGCCGGUGGCAUGUUCUCCGUCUUCAAGAACCUGGUGGGCAACAAGACGAUCACCCGCGAGAAUGUCACGCCGGUGCUGGACCAGCUGCGAGACCACCUGGUGGGCAAGAAUGUGGCGGCCGACAUCGCGGCCAAGCUGUGCGAGUCGGUGGCCAACAAACUGCAGGGCAAGGUACUUGGCACGUUCGAGGGACUGGCCAAGACAGUGCGACAGACGCUGGUGGACUCGCUGGUGCAAAUCCUCUCGCCAAAGCGACGCAUCGACAUCCUGCGCGACGUUAUGUCGGCGCGCCAGACCGGCAACCCGUACGUCGUGGCCUUCUGCGGCGUCAACGGCGUCGGCAAGAGCACCAACCUGGCUAAGAUCUGCUUCUGGCUGAUCGAGAACGGCUUCAGCGUGCUGAUCGCGGCUUGCGACACGUUCCGCGCCGGCGCCGUGGAGCAGCUGCGCACGCACACGCGUCAUCUGAACGCUCUCCAUCCGCCCGAGAAACACGCCGGCCGCCAGAUGGUGCAGCUGUACGAGAAGGGAUACGGCAAGGACCCGGCCGGCAUCGCCAACGACGCCAUCGGGUUCGCGCGCGAGACCAGGGUGGACGUGGUGCUGAUCGACACGGCCGGCCGCAUGCAGGACAACGAGCCGCUCAUGCGCGCCCUCGGCAAGCUGAUCAAGGUCAACGAACCCGACUUGGUGCUGUUCGUGGGCGAGGCGCUGGUCGGCAAUGAGGCCGUCGACCAGCUGGUCAAGUUCAACCAGGCGCUGGCCGACCACUCAGCAUCCGACCGACCGCACACCAUCGACGGCAUUGUGCUGACCAAGUUCGACACCAUCGACGACAAGGUGGGUGCGGCCAUCUCGAUGACGUACGUCACGGGCCAGCCGAUCGUGUUCGUGGGCUGCGGCCAGACGUACACGGACCUGCGCAACCUGAACGCCCGGGCCGUCGUCUCCGCUCUGAUGAAGUAGCUGUCCAUAACUCGGCCCGCUGCCAGCUGCUUGUCUGCCGUCCUCCCCGCGUACAUUCUUCUCUGCUUGGAAGCCGCCUUCGCGGAGGCGAGCUUCAGUGCUGAAAUUGUCUAUUUUUGUUUUUCCGGUUGCGACGCCAUACUCGGGACCGUUGAUGGGGUGAGCGGUGAGCGGUCCGGAUGUGCGAUCCCACAUGGCGUGUGUUGGGAAACGGACUGCGGCAUAUUUUUCCUGUAGCAUCGCCCGGCGUCUGGCACACCGUUAUGCUGUGUCGAUUUUAGCUUGGGCAUGGAGAUGGCCGCCCCAUAUUUUUAUUUGGCGGCAGGUGUCUGUUUUGGCGGUGAAGGGACAAUCGUCAAUAAAGUAAACAAUGGAAA